UAUCUUGUAAGUUCAUGCUGUGUUAUGUUUGAGAACUUGCUUGAGUUGAGCUUAAAGUUGAAAAUGAGAAGAGGAACGUUCCACCAAUGAUCGUUAGGGUUUGGUGGCAUCAUCAUUCUUCAUGUCUUUCCUGCGCCGAUGUGUUUACCCUAUCAAGAAACAAGGACAUGGCGUGGAGCUUUCAGGAUUAUUAUUAUGUGGGAUAAAACAUGAUACCCUGAGUUAUUUCAGUGGUGAAAACCUUGGUGGGUGUUAUCCUGCUCUGUUAGGUGCAAAAUGGCUUUGUUUAAGAGAGAAAAGUUACCAUACUUCGCCCGUUGUUGGAAAAUUCUUUCUGGGUAGUCGUGGGUUGUCUUCACAUGUUAGUGAAAGAAGUUGCAAUGAAAAUGUUUUGAAAGAAAAAUUUCGGGAACUUGAGAAAACCCUCUCAGCUAAGCUUACUGAGGAUAUUACCAUGGAGGAAGAAGUCGAUCAGGAAUCUAAUCCAGAACCUAGACGCCUUGAUGAUCCUUUGUCGGAAUCUGAGAAUGACCUUUACCUUAGCUAUCGUGAGCCUUUAAGAAGAAAGGCUUCUUUGGAAUUGUUAAGAACCAUUAUGGACAGUCCAGCCUGCUACAUUCCCAGUAUUGUGAAAAGAUUUGUUGAAGCAGAGGAGGAUUUGAGCCAUUUAGAGGCUUCAAAGAUUGUAUUUAUUCUCUGGAAGCAUCACAUGUAUUACAAGGCAUUGCAGAUGUCGGAAUGGUUGCAGACCACUAAACAAUUUGAGCCCACUGAAAAUGACUAUGCUUCGCAUCUUGAUUUAAUAGCCAAGGUCCAGGGAGUUGAUGUUGCAGAGAAGUACAUGGAGAAUGUUCCAGACUCUUUCAGAGGUGAAUUAUUGUACAGAAUUCUAUUAGUAAACUGUGUCCGUGCUGGCAACCGGGGAAAAUCAGAGGCAGUUUUUGAAAAAAUGAGAACUUUAGGUUUUCCAAUCACUAUCUAUACUUUGAAUCAGAUGAUCAUUCUGUACAAGAAGUGUGACAGAAGAAAGAUACCCGGUAUAUUAUCAUUUAUGAAUAAGGAAAAUUUGACUCCAUCACAUCUUACAUACAGGAUCCUGAUAAAUACCAGAGGUGAAACUGGGGACAUAAUAGGGAUGGAAAAGUUAAUUGAGGAUAUGAAGUCUCAUGAUUUGCAGCCUGAUAUUUAUUUCCUGACAGACUUGGUUAGAUGGUAUAUUUCCGAGGGAUUGAAAGAUAAAGCAAUUGCUAUAUUUAAAGAAAUUGGAGAAGGAAACUCACAUGAAUGCAUUAGGGCACGCAAUAAACUGUUAUCUCUCUAUGCUUCACUUGACAUGGCUAAUGAUGUAAGUAGAAUUUGGAACCAUUGCAAGUCAUACCCCACAAUGCUGGAGUGUGAAGCUGCUAUAGGAGCAUGGGGCAAAUUGGGCCAAGUUGAGGAAGCCGAAGCAGUAUUUGAAAUGGCGAUGCAAAAAUUUAAGGGCCUCUCAUCCAGGCUGUUUUCUGAACUUCUGAGAGUUUAUGCUCUGAAUAACCAGAUAUCUAAAGGUAAGGAAUUUAUUGAGCGAAUGAGACAUUUUAGAUGUUGGUCUGGUCCACUGGUUUGGGAUGGACUAGUGAGAUUCUAUGUGGAAGCUGGGGAUGUAGGGAAGGCAGCUUCAAUUUUAAGUAAGGCAGCCGAAAGGCAAAGUGGGGGCGCAGUAAAGCCAUUAUUCAACUCUUACAUGGUUGUGAUGGAACAAUAUGCAAAUUGUGGAGAUGUAUAUAAUACUGAGAAGUGGUUCCAUAGAAUGAAGCAGUGUGGAUACACUGGUCGUCUUAGGCCAUUUCAGAUUCUGAUCCAGGCUUAUUUAAAGGCUAAAACUCCUGCUUAUGGACUCAGAGAAAGAAUGAAGGCUGAAAAUGUAUCCCCAAAUAAAGAAUUCAGCAUACAGCUGUCAAAAAUUGAUGCACUAAAGAGGGAGAUGUUGCUGAAGAUGUCUUCCACUUGAUGCCUCCAUAGUAUUUUUCUCACCUGAGCUCUUUUUGAAGAGAACCAAGUAAGAUGCUCUUAAUAAAUGUGUUGGGGGAAAAGAAGAGUGGAUGGCUUUGCCUGUACUCAAAUUACAAACCAGACAUGAGCAUUGCUGACUUUACUUUGGAUCAUUAGGUACAACUUUUUCAUGACAAAUGGACCAGUUCUACAUUCAACAAAGAUACAACCCUUUAGUAGAGAUUUUUCCUUAGUUUUGGACACAACUCCUAUGAAGGUGUUAUCGUGUUAGUAUUAUCAUGGCUUUUAUUGCUGGAUAGGUUACCAACUAGAAUGGCUCUACAUUGGCGGAACAUUGUCCUUAAUGUGCAAGAAACCAAAUGUGUUUUAUGCAACUUGGCUCGUGAAGUUACAUGCCACUUAUUUCUCUUGUUCUUUGUCCUUUAAUGUUAGGUUUGCUUUCUAUGCUUGGAAUGGUUUUCAGGUCGUUUCGCUGUCCAUGGGAGCUGCACAUUAUUUGCUGUCCAUGGGAGCUGCACAUUAUUUGCACAAUAUGGCAGCAAGAAAAUAACAUAAUCUUCUAACUAGCUUCCUUUGACUUUCUACAAAUGAUGGAUUCCAUAAAAUUCCUGUCUUGGAUAUGGUUGAGAGCAAAGUCAGAUAAUCCAAAUAUUGCAAUGAUAGAUUGGCGCCCCAACCCUUUGGAAAGCAUAACUCGAUAAUACCAAUAUAAUUUUUUGCAUUUGCAGCUUUUCUCUGAUUGCCUUCAUGAUGGUUUGAGGUUCCGAGUUUUCUACACGAUUGUAUUGAUGUCAGCAUGGAGUAACACAUCACACGAACACGGACAUCUACAGUAAACAGAGGCAGUGAUUCAUUCCUCCAUACAAAGUUGACUGUUAUUCGACAUGAUUUUUUUUGAACUCUAUUUUGAUAGAUUGUUUGGUUGGAAUACUAAAGUAGACAAAUUGGCACGUCCGUACAGAUUAGAUCCAUAGAUACCUUUGGGUCUAAGUUCUUCGGUGAAUUACUAGGUGGGGUUCAAUAUUCUGCUGUGGAGUUGGAGCCCUACUGCAAUAUUCUGUUGUAUUUUCAAUGUGACGUUGUGUCAAAUUUGCGUUCUGUUAGUGUUUUCACACUUGUGUUUAGCACUUGCCAGUUUAAUAAAGUAUGCAUUUUUUAAACACG